UCCAGAGAGAACACCGGCGAGGAAAGUGCGCAAAUUUACGGAGAACACACUAAAACAAAUGGGGCAAAAAGAGAAAGGCUAGGUGGAGUUGCGCGCAUCGCAUUUGCGCACACCCGGAAAAACAAUAUGCCUACGGCCAGCACAUGAGUUUUAGAGCUACUCAUGCCGCUACGAUGCGAAAUCAAGAUCGAUGAGCAGAGUUUAUCGGCCUUAGGUCCAGGCGGGACCAUGACAGGUAAAAGCAGUAGAGCUGGACGGGCUGCAAGGAAGAGAAAACGGAAACGUGAAGGCUGCAUACAAUCAGCCUCUCUCUGCCACCAGCUGCAGUAUGUGAGGCUGAUGAAGUUUCUUCACCAACGAGGAUUCACCUCAACCCUACUGCAGCCGGCCCUCUUCACGAACACAGGCAGAGGUCUGCAGACUCUAAAAACUAUCAAGCCUGGGCAGCUGAUCAUUUCUCUGCCUGAGUCUUGCCUCCUCACAACCUCCACUGUUCUGGACAGCUACCUGGGACCACAUAUCAAGAGCUGGACGCCCCGUCCUUCCCCUCUCUUGGCGCUCUGUGUCUUCUUGGUAUGUGAGCGGCACAAAGGGGAGGCCUCUGAUUGGUUCCCCUACAUUGAUGUGCUGCCUGACACUUACACCUGUCCCGCCUAUUUCACUGACGACGUCAUGGCCGUUUUGCCUGCCAGUGUACGGCGGCGAGCCUUGGAGCAGAGGGAGGCAGUCCGAGAGAUCCACUCCUCAAAUAAAGAUUUCUUCAGGUCCCUGCAGCCAAUUCUGAACCAACCCACAGAGGAGGUGUUGACCUACGAGGCACUGAGAUGGGCGUGGUGUAGUGUCAACACACGUUCUGUCUUCAUGUCCCAGCCACCCAACACCUACCUCCCUGGAGAGGAUAAUUAUGCUUUAGCUCCCUUUCUGGACCUGCUCAACCACCGCCCUGACGUGCAGGUAAAAGCAAGUUUCAACAGUGCCACGAGAUGUUAUGAAAUCAGGAGUGUUUCUGGGACACUGCGCCGCCAGCAGGCCUUCAUUAACUACGGUUCUCACGAUAAUCAGCGUCUGUUGCUGGAGUACGGAUUUGUUGCCAGUGCGAAUCCCCACAGUGUGGUCUAUGUGGAUACAGAUCUGCUCUGUGAUGUUCUAAGAGGUGACAGGAGCUUGGAUCCAAAGAUCAAGUUUCUCAGAGAGAACAGUUUCCUCCAUAAUCUCACUGUGUCCAGUGAAGGUCCCAGCUGGAGGCUGAUGACGGCCCUCAGACUGUUGUCCCUGCCACAGACUCUGUAUCACCAGUGGAAGGCGGUGUUGCUCGGCCAGGAGGUUUGUGACGAGAGGCAGCAGUGGAGCGUUCAGACUGCUAAGACUCUCUGCCAACGGCUGCUACAAGACACGCACAUGGCCCUCGAUAAGAUCUCCAGCCUCCUGCAAGAGUGUGAGCAGCCAGUCAGAGAGCAGCUGGAUGUGGUUGAGUCAUUGCGGCAGGACGAGCGGUGCAUUCUGGGAAGCUGUCUUCAGGCACUGGAACGUUCAGAGAAACAAGGCGACAACCUGCUGUCGGUGUGAUGACAUCUGACUGGCUCUGGGUUCUGACAGUUGAGCCGAGGCCUCACAACAUCUCGGUGGAUAAUGCUAGACCACCAGGGUCACAGUGGAAUCCAUGUACGCUGAAAGAUCAUCUUCACUCUGUUACUUUGAGGCUCUCGACAAACACCAACAUUUAUCACCAGUCAAGCACAAAUACUUCAGUCUACUAAACAUUCAGUAAACAGAAUGCUGCAUUCCUGCUUUUUAUCUCAGAGACUCCAGAUGAUUUGAUUUUAAUGCCUUUUAUGUCUUGUAUUUAUUUUCAUUAAAAAAAAAAAAAAAAAAGAUAAUU